CUGCGGCGAAGCAACCAAAAGAAGGUUACCUCUCUCUUCCACGUCUCUCCACAACCAUGCCGGCCGGCCAAGCAAUGCUCGACGCUCUGCAGCGGAAAGAGUUCUGCGACAAAAAGAAGGAGACUAGGACCAUCUUCAUCGGCCCACCUGGCGCCGGCAAGGGGACGCAGGCCCCUCCGGUGAAGGACAACUACUGCCUGUGCCACCUGGCCACCGGCGAUAUGCUCCGCGCAGCCGUCGCCGCCAAGACCGAUUUGGGGCUCAAGGCGAAGAGCAUCAUGGAGGCCGGGGAGUUGGUACCCGACGACGUGGUGGUCGGGAUCGUGAGCGAGGCCAUGGAGGCGCCCGAGUGCAAGAAGGGCUUCAUCCUGGACGGGUUCCCGCGCACAACAGCGCAGGCAGAAAAGCUUGACAACAUCCUGUCCACCAAGGGCGUGGCCAUCGACAAGGUGAUCAACCUCGCCGUCGACGACAAGGUCCUCAUCCGCCGCGUGCUCGGCAGGUGGGUCCACGCAGCCUCCGGGCGCAGCUACAACAUCUUCUCGAACCCCCCCAAGGUCGCCGGAAAGGACGACAUAACGGGCGAGCCCCUCAUGCGCCGUUCGGACGACACCGCGGAUAAGCUCCGGAGCCGGCUGAAAGCCUUCCACCAGCAGACACAGCCAGUCAUCGACUACUACGAGCGAGCUGGCAAGACCGUCAACAUCGACGCCAAGCAGGACAAGAACGUGAUCAUGGGGAUCAUCCGCAAAGCGCUCGGAAACCCCGACGCAUAAUACAAUGUCUUUUUAGUAGGAGACGGCGCAGGGGGUCUGCGGAGGGUAGGGAGGGGGGUACACAGACACUACUAACAGUUUCUUGUUCCGGCGGGCGCCAGCUAGAAAAUCCACCGCAAUCGUAAGCACUCACAGGCCCCCGGAUACAGCAGCGGUUAUGCUCGUUUUUUUUUUGAUUGGUUGUUCAGUCGUUCAAUUUUUGUAUCCCGUGGGUUUGUUCCUGUAGUGUACUGGAUGUCGCGGGAUCUUGCGGAGCGCGUUGGAGUGGAAAAGAACAUGCUCGCAGAAGGUUUUGAAAGCAUGGCCUGGCCUGGCCUGGCCUGGCCUGGCCUGGCCUGGCCUGCUGGAGUAGUACCCCGAUUUUGCGUUGGCAGGGGGCUUUGGGUGGGUGAUGAGUUGGGUUUGCCAGAACAUCAUGGCUGUCUGUUAGGAGUCUGGUGGUUUGUCGCGAUAAGUUUUGAUGGAGACCGUCAGCAGAGCGCCUUUCAUCAAGGGGGCAAUGGUGGGGGUGUUCUUGUUGUUACGCACCCCACCCUUUCUUCGGAAGGCCAUGUGAUCCUUGGCUUGGCUGUCUCGUUUUGCGAUUGGUUGUUGCUGUCGCCGCCCGUAUGGUCGAGAGCUUGCCUUCGGGACAAGAAUCGGAUACCUAGUGAUAUUAGUACUACAUGUAUGGCGAUCGCAUCUCGCCAAUUUUGGCUCUUGGGGUCUGGUUAUAUGGGCAUGGCAGAUCAGCAUACUGCUGUGACUGGGCGUAUGACCUUCAGCACGUCGUUUCUGUGCGCCCCCCCCCCCUCCCUCCCCCCAUCCAUGAGCUGCUCCUGUUCAGCGGGAGUUAUUGUAGUUGUUUUGUUUGUGUCUCCUUUCCGCUAUUUUUCUGGAGUACCGUCGCGCCUGAAUCCCAAUUUGGAUGUGUAGC